GCCCUUGCCGAGCUGCAGACCUGCCCUCCGGGUGCCGGGCCUGCCCCGCCUCUAAGCCGGGCCCCGCUCUCCUUGGCAGACAAGAUGAUGCAGCGACUGUGUGUAUGCAUGCUCCUCCUGGCCCUGGCUCUGGCCACCUUCUCCGAGGCUUCUUGGAAGCCUGGCUCCCGGCUGCAGGACGUACGGUCCGGUCCAGGGGUCCCUCGGGGCCUGGAUCCACAUUCGCUGGACCAGCUGGGCCCAGCCGCUCACCACCAAAGGCAGCUGAGGUUCCAGGGCCCCCCCGACCUGGUGGCAGACAUGUCCAAGAAGCAGGGGCCGUGGCUGGCGGAAGAAGAAGAAGAGUACGGGUGGAUGGACUUCGGCCGCCGCAGCGCUGAGAAUGGGGGCCAGCAUCCCUAGAACCGAGCUUCAGAGCCCGUCACCUCCCAGCCCUGCCCCAGGGGAAACCAAUCGAAAUAAACUAGCUUCCAAAGGAUCGCACAGUGUCACGUGUCAUGGGCCAAGGGAGGGGAGUCAGGGG